AUGAAGAGCUUACUCAUGGUCCUUGUGGUCCUUGUCUUGCUUUCCUUUGUUCCACCAGUUAGAAGUAGACCGAAUAUGUAUUUAAGAAGAGUCUUUUCUACAUGCUGGCGAAACAAUAGAGUUUGCAGGAAAUCAUGUGGAAAAAAAGAAAAAUAUAAUAUUUUUUGUAGUAGUGCAUAUCUGUGCUGCAUUGACAAAAAGUAUUUACCUGUAGAAAUUGGAAAAUAG